AGGCCACAGACAGCCACAGUUGCAACCAAGACUUGACAGAGGGAGGACGUGCGAGGCUCGGCUCUCCCGGUACCUGUGGCUGUAUCUUCAAACUGCAUGACGCGAACGGUAAGGUUCCCCCACCUUCCGCUCAAGCAAGGCUACAUUUUUGUCCAGGUCGUGAUGGAGGAGCGACGGCGGCGUGGUGGAGCAGCAGAGUGGCAGCGGAGUAGUGGCGGUAGAGGCGGCGUGGGAAGAAUGGUCCCGAUGGCUUUGCUCUUCGUGGUGGCGGCAGUGCUGGUUCCUCACGUCACUGCCAACUAUUAUCCUCCGCCCUGUGAUAGCAAAAUCUACUGUUACGGGGAGCUGCUCAAGACGGUGCAGAUGGCCAAGCUCCACAAUGACUCCAAGUACUUCGUUGACAUGUCCCUCAAGAACUCAGAGAAGGAAACUCUGCUGGAAUUCGAGGAGCUAAUGAAUAGGACCCAGAAGAACCCCAGCAAGGAGGACAUCCAGAUUUUCGUGGAUGAACACUUCCGCGAGCCUGGAGACGAGUUUGAGGACUGGGACCCUUCAGACUGGAGCGAAGACCCCGAGUUCCUGAAGAAAAUCGUGCACCCGGAUCUGAAGGAGUGGGGCAAGAAGCUUAACGCCAUGUGGAAGAAGCUGGGACGCAAGAUUUCCACAACGGUGAAGGAUGAUCCCGAGAAACACUCCCAGAUCUAUGUGCCCAACCCUGUCAUAGUGCCCGGUGGCAGGUUCAGGGAAUUCUACUACUGGGACUCCUACUGGACCAUCGAAGGCUUGCUGCUGUCAGGGAUGAACCAAACGGUGAAGGGUAUGCUUGAAAACUUUUUGAUGAUGGUUAAAGACUACGGCAUGGUACCCAACGGCGGCCGUAUCUACUACACCCGCAGGAGCCAGCCACCUUACCUCAUCCCCAUGUUCAAGCUCUACAUGGACCACCACUUCGACCAGGAUUUCCUCAGGGACAACAUUGAACUGCUGGAGAAGGAAUUCCUCUUCUGGCACAACGAGCGUCAAGUAAAGGUCCAGGACCGAAAGGGGAUGACUCACCAUGUGGCUCAGUAUCGGGUGAACGUAAGCGAUCCCCGACCAGAAUCCUACAGGGAGGACUACGCGUUGGCGCAAGAUCUCGCGACUGAGGAAGAGAAGCAACAACUGUACGUGGAGCUGAAGUCUGGCGCUGAGAGUGGCUGGGAUUACUCGACCCGUUGGUUCGUCAACAACGAGACAAAUAAUGUUGGCGUGUACAUUCUUAUCCUUUACUUCGCCUGUCGGUGCGCCGCUCGCAGCAAGUCUUCUAUUCUGGUUUUGCUGUUAGUACUGGUCGGGGCUUAUCAGGUGGAGAAAGCACUAGAUGGAACCCCAAGGAUCAACAGUGGCACAAUGAAGGACACCAAUGUGACCUCAAUUGUACCAGUGGACCUGAACAGCCUACUAUGUGUGAAUGCUCAGACCCUCAGCUACUUCUAUAAUCGUCUCGGAAUGCAUGACAAAAAACGAGAGUAUGAUCGCAUUGCUGAAGAAAAGAAUAUAACCAUGAGCAAGAUAUUCUGGGAUCAGACUGAUGGAGUGUGGUACGACUAUGACCUGAAUGCCAAGAGCAGGAGGAGGUACUUCUACAUGUCCAAUCUUCACCCAAUAUGGAGUGGCUGCUAUGGACCAGAGGGAUCUCGAGCCAGGACAAUGGAGAAGCUGAUAAAGUAUCUCAACAACAAGGGCGUUUUGAAAUACGAUGGUGGGAUGCCCACAUCCCUGGAGGACAGUGGCCAGCAGUGGGAUUUCCCAAAUGCCUGGGCACCACUGCAGCACCUGGCAAUUAUGGGACUCUAUGAGGCACGCAACAUCCACCAUGCUGCUGAAGAACUGUCAUUUGAACUGGCUGAGAAAUGGAUUAGGACCAACUGGAAAGGAUAUCAGGAGCUGCAUGCCAUGUUUGAGAAGUACAAUGUAACAGUGGUGGGCAAGGCUGGAGGUGGAGGUGAAUAUGAAGUCCAGCCAGGCUUUGGCUGGAGUAAUGGUGUGGCAAUGCGUCUUCUGGAACUAUUUGGGGAUCGCCUCACUCCCACUGAGGGCAACUCCGCUGCCUCACCAACCCUGUCCUUAGCACUGGGUCUCCUGAUGGGUUUACUUUCCCUUGGAGUUCGAUCUCAGUUCUUUUAGCUCACUUUAAAUGUUAAUGUUGGUGGUCCAUUUUAUACCAUUCAGACAGCUGAGGAACUUUUCACAUGUUACUAAAUGUGAAUAGUGCUGGGGAUGUUCUGUAGGUAAGUGUGGUGGGACGGGUCAACAUGCUGCCUCUGUUACUCAUGAUUGUUGUGCAUGUGUUACAUGAUAGAUGGACUAGGAAGAGUUUUUUUCAAAAUUCUUCAGUAGUGUGCAUAGUGGAGACGUCUUUUCUGUCAUAACUGUGUUUGUGGGUAAUUGUCCUAAUAUAAUGUAUAUAUUUUAUAUUAUCAGUUUGUAAAGAAAUAAUUAAUUUUUAUUUCAAAAGGUUGCUGAGUAACCCAUGUGCAUUCUUGCAUCUCCACACACAUCUAAAAAAAAUAGUUUUCUUAGGUUGUGUGCAAGAACUGAUAAACAAAAUCUUUGAACAUAAAAAUGCAAGUCUGUCUCAGUUAGUUUGUCAAUGUGCAAAACACUGUGAAUAAUGCUACAGCAAAGUGAGAAUGCACAUGUUUGUGUAGAUUUCUAAUAAUAUUUGUUCUAGAUAUCGAUUCUAUCUGUUUGAAACUACCCACAACUAGUCAGUGAUAAUAUAUGAAAGGUGUGUCUGUAUGCUUUGAAAGAAAUCCAAUAGAGAGAGGCUACAGGGGAUGCCAUGUUCCUGUUUGGAUUGAGGAUCAAGUUUUGCUACAAGUGUUAUACAGUGUGACCUAAAAAGAAAAAUGUAGAUUACCAUUAAACUUAAAUUAUGAAUUAAGGAUUAAAAAUUUUAAGUUAAAAAGGAAUUAAGUAUUAUAGUAUAGUACAAUAUAAAGAUACUUUUAGAGUGAGAUUAUGACUAGGUAAUAUCAACUGGGUGAUGCACUCUUCAGCCUCAUCCAAACAGGAAUACAGGCAAAGUUUAUUUAUUUAUAUUUAUUUAUUUUAAUUAAAUGAGACAGCUUCCCUAAUCAACCCUCAAGCAUUCUUCAUAAAUCACAAUGUGAAGUUCCCAAGUUUCCUUAAUCUUUCACAACUAGGUCCAGAAUAUGAGGAUAUGGUAGCACUGGUGUUGAUGGUAUGGAUGUCCUGGGCCAGUUAUAGAGCAACACAAGACCUGUGUUAGUAUGGGUGUUCCAGCCCAGGAUAGUAAAAGUGCUUCUUGGCUUUUUUUUUUAUGUGUGGGGGGCAGUGGAGAGAGGGCACAAAAAUAUUAGUUUUCAAGUCAGUCAUUUUAAUCUGGUUAGAAUGCAAAUUUUUUAUAUAUGUAGAUCUGGUCAACACACCCCAUAAAUUACCAUAUAUAUAUAUAUAUAUAUAUAUAUAUAUAUAUAUAUAUAUAUAUAUAUAUAUAUAUAUAUAUAUAUAUAUAUAUAUAUAUAUAUAUAUAAAUUUUUUCUUAUAACUUAAGAACUUAAGUCCUUUUCACCAAUUUUCUGCUUCCUUUUGUCCAAACAUAUUAUUUCUAUCUUUGCUCUGCAUUAUACUCUUUAAAAAUUAAAGUUUUACUGAGUGCUGUAUGUCUUGUUUAUAUACUUAUGUAAGGUGUUUGUAUAGUUGUUUUGAUCUCUGGAUGUGAUGCCAAUUUCUUAAAAAUGCAAGAAAUUCUUUUGAAGGAUGAUCCAUAUGCACAGUGUCUGCUUUGCUAUGUUAAGGUUAGGCAGGCUCUUACCUGUGAGAUAGUGGACAAGUCAUUACUUCAUUAAGAAAUGAAGCCUCAUUUUGGCUUCCGUGUGUGGCAUGGGAUGUGUCUAGUCAAUUUGUUUUGAUUAUUCCAUUCACCUUAGUUUUGUAUUGAUAUUGAUAACUUUUCAGCCACAAAGCUGCUGCACUUCAACCCAACACCAUGUACAUUUGUUAUUCUCCAUAACAAAACAUUCAUUCAAAUGUAUUACUAUAACAUUUGUUUUGCAAGACUGGUACACAAUAUAUUACCAAAGAGCCAUUCUUACAUGGACAUUAGAAAAUUUGUUACUAACAUCUCAUGCCCUCACAGGACCUCAAUCAAACAUAGACCAACAAAGGGGUGACAUUAUUUAGCUUCUCUUGUGAUAGUUGCUUAAGUUAACUCACUCACAAGCCUCAAGGACUAAUGUUGAGGCAUGGUGAGUGAUUUACCAAAGAACAUUUGAUAGGGAAGAGGCUUUUCUUUCAUGUCACAAAUUAACCUGUCAUUCAAAUAUUUUCUUUACCAGGUGAUGUUUCAAAGAAUAAUUUGUGUGUUUUAGGUUAAAAUGUUUUAAUUGGAAAGUUUACAUUAUUUUCAGUAUUACUUUCUGUUUUAUGAAAGCUAUACUUGAGAAUGUGUUGCACAUUAUUUUCUGUUAUCAAUUUUUAAACUUGAAUGAAUCUAUAACUCAAUAACAUCACUUCAUUCUAAAGGUCAACCCACAUCAGUCCUGUUCAAAAUAUGGUUAUUAUUCAAACAAGUGUACAAUUUAAAUUUCCUCUGAUUCCUUGUGUCCUCUCCCAUUUAUUGUAAUAUUUUGUAGUCCAAGGAACUGGGAUCCCUGGAAUAAAUGCAAUUAGUAGCAAACAAUAUAAUAAUAUGCACUUGAUAAACCACUCUGCAUAUUUCCUGGUUACUAGCAAAGAUGAAACCAAUUGUGUAGGCCUCACCUUGGAAUUGUAAACAUUUCCUGAAACAGAUAACUACUGUAGUCAGAGUAUAUAAAUUUUUCCUAGUGUGUUUUGGAUUGCACUGUUUUGUAUUACUGAGAUGGCGUUAAUCUUAACAUUGAAGUUAUUGUGAUAUUUUAGUGGAAGUUAAAUUUUUAAGCUUUUAAGACAGUAGAGAGGCUCUGAAAUGGAGAAAUGGCAAGUUCAAUUGUGCUACUUGUAUUACUGGCAAGUUUAAUUGUACUACUUGUUACUAUUAGUAAUACAUUAGAAAACUUUUCACCCUCAAUGUAAUGUAAUUAUCUAAUCUUUAAUUAAAUUAUUUUUUAAAGUUAAUGAAGUAAUAAUGUGACUUAAGAUAAGCAAAUUGAUUAUAAUCAAUAAACUUGCACAAUUUUAUUUACAACUCUCCAUGAGUCUGGCUGUGUUAGUUUCCUGUACAUUUUAUGCUAACUUUAUAGUCUUGUGGUCGUGGCAUCACUGGGGCGGCAGUGGGGAGACACCCUCUAUGAUUCCUGGAGACCAAGUUAUGACUCUAACUGGGUGAAAACUUGUUACAGAAACUUUAGUUAUGAUCCCUUACUGGGUGAAAACUUGUUACAGAAACUUUACUUAUGAUCCCUUUCUUAAAAAAAUUACUUGUAUAUCUUUCAUUCUGCGAAUAAAUGUGGACUCAAAUCCUUAAAAAAAUUACUUAUAUUUUCCAUUCUGCUAAUAAAUGUGGACUGAAAUCCUUAAGAUAAAGGCAAUCAAUGAUCAAUGCUCCUGAAUAUUAUAAACCAAAUAUUGUCUUUCACUUAGCCAGACUUUUUUCUUGCAUCACAAUAUAAACAAAUAUUUAUAGGGAUACUUGCUGCUGCCUCAGGGAGUUGGCAUUAUUUGUUAUAUUAUAGUGCAUAUAUCAUAUUAAUGUCAACUCUUCUUGUAUCAUUAUGUACUAUUGCUGUGUGUGUACACUGGGAGAAUGUUAGAAUAAAAUAAAUCAUUUUCUGGAUUGAUGAAAA